AUGGUCGUCCUCAACUUCACCCUAACGCCUGAGGCAGCGUCUAAGGUUCACGACCUGCUUGUUUGCCUAGGCAAGUUCAGCGAGACCGUAGCGAUUGAAGCGCGUCGAGAAAAGUUUACGUUUACCGCUCUCAACCCUUCAAAAUCCGCCUACGCCGCUAUUACGUUGGAUGGUCGGAAAUUCUUCGCGAACUAUGAGUGCGUGCCGAGUCAUGGCGGACCUGACGGCCGCUUUACAUGCAGCAUGUACACAAAAGCGCUCUUGUCGGUCUUUAAAGGUCGCUUGUACGACCCGCUAGGGCGCGAUGGUGCAAUUGAUCGCUGUGAAGUUAGCGUGCAAGAGCGGGAGAACGAGACACAAUGCCGAUUCAUCGUCAAGAUGGUGUGCAACCAGGGUGUCAUCAAGACCUACAAACUCACGUACGAAGCUGUCGACGUCAUGCACGCGCUUUUCGAUCGCAACAUAGCGAAAAAUAGGUGGAGCAUGCACUCUAGUGCUGUGAAGGAAUAUACUGAGUACUUCGGUACCAAAACUGAAAUGCUUGACAUAUUCGCUAGCGCAGACGGUCGUUGCGUCUUUAAGAGCUAUACGGAAAAGAUCUCAAACGGGAAGGAGAUCUUGAAGCACCCACUCGUCACUGCAGUCGCAGUCAAUACAUCCGACUUUGAACAGUUCACUGUGCAGGCGGGCAUGCAUAUCAUCAUCAGCGUCAAAGAUUUUAAAGCCAUCGUUGUUCACGCAGACACGUUGAAGACAAGCUUGAAGGCUUUUUACUCCCAACCAACGCGACCGCUACAGUUCAGCUAUGGAUGCGGUGGGUUGCUUUGUGAGUUUACGCUAAUGACUUCGGGCGAUUACAACGCAGCUCCACCAACACCUGCGCCGCAAGCGAUAAGCAGCAGGCAGACGUCUCGCACUAAAUCAACGGCAACAGCGGAACGCGGAGAGAGUCGCGGCUUCCGAUCUGACAUGCCUCCACCUGUGCAACCAGCAUCACGACGCGAUGGGUCCGGUCGAGUCCGGAAUCCAGGGUCCCGCCAGGCCUCAGCAGCGCAAGUACAGCCUGCGCGUCAGGAUUCGGAGAGCCUCUUCGUGCCGGAGGACGAAGACGCAGCCUGGGCGCCUCUUGACUAUGAUAAGGAAGAUACGCUAGGCUGGGACGCGAGUGCCAACCACGAUGCGUCGGCCUUCCCAACAUUUACAGAUAGUGGCGGUGUGCCAACGGCGAACACGGUGGAUAGUAGUGAAGUGUUUGAGCCUACUCAGCGUGUUUCCCAAAUUAAGGGACUGUGGUAG